GGCGCAGGGGAUGGUGUCCGCGGGGGGCGGAUCGAGGACCGAUCGGCCGGACCGGGGUGCCUGGUAAUGGAGUAGGCACGUCACGUUAAGCCGUCCUGUCGCCAUAGGCUCAGUAAUGUAUGAUACUGCGGGGUGUGUUUUAGCGAUGUGCAGGCCGGCGUGGGUGCAAUGCACCGGUGUGGAUUGGGGGGGUGGAGAAGGAAGGUAAAUGAGAUGCAGCACCAUGACAGCGGCGUAUAGCUUGUCAGUAAGACUGGGAUAUCGUACAUUUACAAAUGCAAACCCGUUUUACAGUGGAUUUCACACGCAAACCCGUGAGGGUGCAAGUUUAUGGGGAUGUAGGACGCAGCGUCCGAUUUGAGGUGCGAUGUAAAGCAGCGUAAGCCGAAACGGCGGCUCGGACAGCUGCAUCUGAACUUAAUACGCAUUUUUAUUUCCCCCGAAAAACCGCUGUAUCGUCCAUUUGAGAUCUGUAAUCAUUUCUGAACCAUUGAAGACCCCUGAACGCUAUGUGAGAGGUGCAGUACAGACGGUUUUGCUUUAUAUGGCCUGCACAGUAUAACAGGUGUUCACAUUUUACACGCGCAUGGAACAUAAUUUCCUUAUGGACUUGUGCUCGCUAGAUAAGCAUUUAUACAACAUGAAUAGAUGUAUUUCACCGAAAACACAGCGCAAUGUUUGCUACUUUUGUGAGCAUUGUUUAUCAAGACAUUUUCCACUGCAAAAGGUUGGCGUGGAAGCAAGUCCAUUACCCUCACCGUAAACAGAAACACGCGUUUCCUGGUGUGCAAACGCAAGCUGGAGAGCAAGAAGGAGGCCUUGCUGAUCCUGUCCAAAGAGCUGGACUCCUGUCAGCAGGAGCGGGACCAGUACAAGCUGAUGGCCAACCAGCUACGGGAGCGACACCAAGGCCUCAAGAAGAAGUACCGGGAGCUCAUAGAUGGUGACCCUUCCCUGCCCCCGGAAAAGCGAAAUCAGGUGAACCUGGCGCAGCUCCUGCGAGACUCCAGGGAGAAGAGCAAGCGGCUGGCGGAGGAGGUGAAGGAGCUGAGUCAGCGGCUAGCGGAGGCGCAGGGUGACAACAAGGUCCUUAGGAUGACCAUCGCCAAGCAGAGGCUGGGGGAUGAGGAGGUGGGGGCGCGACACUUCCCUGCCCAUGAGCGGGAGGACCUGGUGCAGCAGCUGGAGAGAGCACGGGAGCAGAAUGAAGAACUGGAGCAGAAUCUUAAGGCGGCGACAGACGAGCUGCAGGACGUCAAGGCCGAGCACGCGGUGUUUCAGGAGAAGGCCGGCCGCCUUAACCGCGAGCUGAACCACAUCCUGGGGACCCCGGAGAUCCGCAUCAUCGACGUGGACGCACUCUGCAUGGAGAACAGGUACAUACACGAGCGGUUUAAGCAGCUCCAGGAAGAGGUCCGCCUGCUUAAAACCAACAUCAUGAAGUACAAGAGUGCCCUGGAGAGACGCAAGAACUCCAAAAUAUACGGAAAAUCCAACAGCAGUGCUCUCACUGGGGUGCUUUCUGCCAAACAAGUGCAGGAGCUUCUGCUGUCUGAGGACAAUGGCUGUAGCCUACCAGCUACACCCCAAUCCAUCUCCGACCUCAAGUCCCUGGCCACUGCACUGCUGGAAACCAUUCAUGAGAAGAACCUGGUCAUUCAGCACCAACGACAGACCAACAAGAUUCUGGGAAACCGUGUGGCAGAGCUGGAAAAGAAGCUGAAGACUUUGGAGAUGGCUGGUUUGUGGAGCCUCCCAGGCCUCACCUACAGUGUGUCGCUGGGAUUUGGAAGAGCAGGAAGAGGGACCGUUACCCUGAAUGACAGCGAGCUGCCCAUGUCCCCUCCGCCUCCACACCUGAGAGAGGCGCCCCCCGAAGGUGAGGGUGGGCCGGUGCGGCCGCCGCUGCGACACGCUGCGGCUUUUCAAGAUGACAGGAUGGGGGGCAGGGAGGCCUAUGUAGGCCAACGGGACGCGCACCACUGCAGCGACCCGGAGGUGUCGCCCCGGUCGCGGGUUGGCCCGGAUGGAAGCAGCGAGGAGAGUGCCCCCUACUGUUCAAACCGAACAGAAUCAGUCACUGGAGGUGGGCUCAGCAUCCCAGUGGUCAGUCUGAGGCUGGAGACGGUGGUAUCCCGUGAGGAGGGGGGAACCGCCCAGGUGGAUUCUGGGACGGAGGUGGAAAACACAGCCCAAGUUCCUGGUGAGGAGGGGUCAGCUUCUUUGGAUUCCCUUCCCCACAACCCCUCACAGGAUGACUGUCCAGACUGCUGCCUUUCACUAGCCCCGCCCACCCACACAAGCCCCACCCCUUCCCCAAACCACGCCCAGUAAGCGGAGCUGACUGAGACCUGCGGUGCACAGCUGUCCUCUGGCCUUGAUGCCGGGCCCCAGGUCAGCACAAAUAGCUGCUCUUCCACAGAGUCGUCGGGCCCAGGCCAGACCUCAGAGAUGAGCGACAGCUCCUGCAGAGAGAACCUGGCAUAGACCAUCAUCCGGGUCCCACAUGAUGGGAUCCGGUCUUGUUGCAGAGACUGAGAUAAGCCAGCCUGCUUGGACUCCUCCUUUCCUGGGGCCUUGCCUGGCUGCCAGGGGGGGUCCCUCCCCUGUUCAAAUUAAAAACCGAAACACUGCGUAUUGUCAGCCUGUCCACUUGGCACUGAGCCUCUGGGUGGCCUAAUCUGAGCUGACCAGCACGUUUAGAAGUCUGGCUGCCACUUAAACCCUUGGGCCACAAAACUUCUACCAAGUCGAAGAUGUCACUUCCUAUUUCAGAUAUGUAUCUGUGGUUAAAAUAUUUAGGAUUUUGUUUUCCUUAUGUUAAAAUAUGGAUCAUUUGGACUAAAUGGUCAGUGUUGCUGUUCUUGCCUGAAUAGGGCUGCUGUACACGCUGUAUAUUGGUCACUUGCUGACGGAACAUUUCUGAAGGUGAUCCGAACCGAAGUUUCGGAUGACGCGUCCCUUUGUGCAAAAGCUUGGCAUCCCUGUCACCUUGGUUAGAGGUGCACUACCAAAAAAAAAAAAAAAAAAAGCUGUUGUCCAGUAGGGGGCGCUGAUGCUUAUCUCGAGCUGGCUGGGCCCCAGAUAGUAAUCAGGAAAGUGACAGCUUUGUGAAAACUUUGCACCAUCCGGUUUUGGAUUUGAGCCUGAGAGUAAAGUGGGAUAUGAGUGACACCACAUCAUUGAAUGACCCUGUUUCGCGUCAUGCUUUGUCCCUUGGGGGACAUAUUGGCCAGCGGCUGGUGUAUGGUACUGAUAUCUGUCUGAAUGAUCUAAAAUUAUGUUUGAUAGGACUGGACUUAAGAGUCAAAAUGUACUGAAAGCAAGACACCGAAACGUAUAAAUAUUUCAGUUGCGAGGGGGUGGAAGAAAGUGUGAGACAUUUGAUGUUGACUUUCCAUCUUUUUCUUUUGCACGACUGCUUGGUGGAUUUUUGUCUCUCUUUCCUGCGGGAGAAAACCUCUCCCUGUUUUAUCCUCUGCAUCUCUCCAUAUUAGUCAGUAGAGCUGCUGAAAGGAAAAGCUCAGCCGUUAGACUUUGUCGCGUUUCACGGCUGAUAAACGUGGGACCUUUUUCAAAUCCGUAUCCGACUGAAUCCGCAGCUGUGAGUUCAGCCGUUUCCUGCAGCUAAUGUCCUGAAGGUCGGCUCGACUCCCUAUGCCUGUAUAGUUUUACAUCUGUGCACCACUGUCACCUGAUACUUUCAGAGAUACAGUAUGAAGCAGUUCAGGGUUCUGGGUAUUUUUGGGGUCUUUGGAGAAGCACUCAGGUAGGUCUUGGUACUGGAAUGAUUUGAUAAAAUGCAGUAAAUUGGAAAACCUCGGUCAAAAUAUUAGGGCUGGACAGGAUAGUUCUCAAACAGAGAAAUGAAAAAUGUUCAGUCAGCUGUAAUCUUUGUUUUUUUCAAGGUAUUUAGUCUCUUUCUCUAUUUGUUUACUGUUCAUCUACAGGAAGUUCAUGGUGCUUAGAUACCAGGAAUGUUUGCUUCGACCAUCUUUCUGGAAGAGUGAUGUUCUAUCGAUUUCAUUUCAUUUCUGCUGUUUUUUUUUAUUAAGUUUUCAGCCAAAGAAGGUGUUAAGUCUUUUAUGGACAAGGAUAUCUUAUUAUGAGUUCGGCUGCGGGAAAAAACUUCCGAGAGACUGAACUGGAUUUUCUUGUCCGGGAGUCUGAAACGUCACGUGUCACCUAGCGCUGCUGCCGUAGGAGAGGAAUUUGGUGACUUAAAAUUGCGUGCAUGACUGUGUUUCUGCAUUAACUUCUGUAAUUACUUGUCUGUGGGUGUAGUCUUUCUUUACAUCUCUUUAAGGCAGCUCUCUCAUGCAGAGAUGAGGUAGUACUUUUAGCCUGGAACAAAAAAAAAAAAAAAAACUCCAGUUCUGUCACUGCCUGCAUAUUUUUGGUAUGGGGAAAAAAACUGCACAAAAUGAAUAUAUUUCUUGUGGGGAUAAACCUUUGAAUUAAAAGAGCAGUGGUGUCAUGCA